CAGGCACCCAAAGUUUCACCACUCCUAAACCAACCAAACAGGCUUCCCAUUAGGCUUGUACAUUCACAACCUAUCUCAUAAUGUAUCAACUACUGGCAGAUAGCUUUUACAUGCCAAUAGUAGCAUUGUCCAUUAUCGCAACACUCUACACAUUAGGGAUCAUAGUAUACAGAGUUACGUUCCAUCCUUUAGCAAAAUAUCCUGGACCGUGGCUAGGUAAGAUUACCGACUGGUACUCUGUGAUCAGAAGCGUUGCAGGAGACCGUCACAUCCACUUUUUAGAACUUCACAAUAAAUAUGGACCGUUUGUACGAUUCGGCCCAAAUAGGAUAUCAGUAAACACAGCAGAAGGUCUGCAGAAGAUAUAUGGGACAAGGGCUCCCACUCAGAAAUCAAGAUACUAUGACGUAUUCAGCGGCGUUUUCAAAGGUGACAGCUCUCUGACUACCAUUGAUCAUGGUCUACAUAUGAAGAAGAAGCGGGUUGUUUCAACCGCACUUUCUGAAAGCUCAGUUAAAGCUAUGGAAGAGAUUAUAUUAAGGAACAUUCGUAAAUUCACGGUGCAGCUUGGCAAGUCCACACCGUCACAAACAACCGAUCUGCACUCUGAAUCCUGGAGUUCUCCCAAGAACAUGACUGAUUGGGCUGACUACCUUUCCUUCGACAUAAUGGGCGAUAUCUGUUUCUCCAGUUCCUUCGGGAUGCUGGAUGGACCUGACAAUCGAUAUAUUCUGAACGUUCUCCCUCUUGGGGUGAAUGGCCUCAAUAUUACUGGCUGGAUGCCGUGGAUUUUAAGGUUGAAGCUUGGAAAUAUUUUGUUCGCCAAGUUGAAUACCGACAUGAAACGAUACGAAGCUUUCGCAAACGAACAAUCUUCAAAACGACUCGCUCUGGAAAAUUCGCCCCGUGUGCCGGAUGUGUACUCGUACCUUCUCGAGUCAAAUAAAUCCAGCAAGGAAGGCAAUUCGCUCUUUUCGCCCCACGACCUAGUUGGAGAGUCGAGUUUACUCAUCACCGGAGGUUCGGAUACUACGGCAACCGCCAUAUCUGCCACGUUUUUUUAUCUUCUCCAUAAUCCUCCUUCGUACGAAAAGCUAAAGAAGGAAAUUCGACCUCGCUUUAGCAGCCUCGAAGAGAUUCGUAAUGGUGGAGUACUUCAGUCCUGCCGCUGGCUUCGCGCAUGCAUUGAUGAAGCCAUGCGGAUGUCUCCAGGGGUGCCGGGUCUGCUCCCGCGCGUAUUACUUUCACCGGGCGUUGAGAUCGCGGGAAACUUCUUCGCUGAGGGAGUUGACCUUGGUGUAUCCCAUUAUGCUAUUCACCAUAAUGAGGACAUCUAUCCAGACUCAUUUUCCUACCAACCCGAACGAUGGCUUGUUGAGAGAUACCCUAAUGAGAGCCAAAACGGGGCCGAGAGUCGCGUUGAGCUGGCUAAGUCCGGUUUCUGUCCCUUUAGCAUUGGUCAACGAGGGUGUGUUGGCAAGGGCCUCGCAAUGAAGGAGCUCAUGGUGACAAUUGCACGUGCUAUUUGGCUCUAUGACCUUCGGCUGAUGCCAGGUGAAGAACACCGUGGUUGUGGUGGCUAUGGAAAGGGGUACGGAAGACAUAGGAUCGGAGAGUACCAGCUAACAGACAUGUUCGUGUCGAAAACGGACGGCCCGAUAGUCCAGUUCCGUAGACGUGUUUAAAAAGCCAUACCUAUAGAAAUAUCAACGGGUUACGAAA